AUGGAGAACAUGGUCUUGGUGGGCUUCCUGUCCUGCAUCGGCACCCUGUGUGUUGGGGCAGCAGCCUUCUCCCACUACGAGGCCGGGACCUUCUUCCAUGCCUACUACUACUGCUUUAUCACACUCACCACCAUUGGGUAUGGGGACUUUGUGGCCCUGCAGAAGAAGGAGGACCUCCAGCAGAAGACGCCCUAUGUGGCCUUCAGCUUCAUGUACAUCCUGGUGGGGCUGACAGUGAUAGGAGCCUUCCUCAACCUGGUAGUGCUGCGCUUCCUCACCAUGAACACAGAGGACGAGAGGAGGGACACCCAGGAGAGGGCCUCCAUCAAGAGGGAGAGGGGCCUUCUGACCAUGGGGCUCCAUGGAGGAGGAGGACCUGGGCAGGGCAGAGGAGGGCUUGGGGGCAGGGACAGGGGGAGAGGGAGGGACAGGAUGGGGCAGAGCCGCAGUCACAUCAACCUUUUCCUGCCCAAGGAGGAGGGCACCAGCCGCACCAACCUCAUCUCCUCCCCAGCGGAGGAGCAGGAGGAUAGGGACAGGGCCAGGGCUGCCCCCUGCAGGCAGAGGCUGCACUUACAGCUUCAUGGCACUGGCAGUCUCCCCUGGGCUCCCUGUGCUCCUGUAUGUGCUACCGUCUGGGGAUGUGUGAGAGCCCCCUGCCUUCUCGCAGGGAGCACCCUGGGAGCAACAUUAACUCUGUCUACUGCAACAUCUCUUACAGGACCCAGAGCUGGAGCCCCAGGGACAACACAGGACUAUCGUCCCCAGGGAGCACACUCUCGCCUGGGCACAACUUCAGGGAGUACCCCCGCUCCCGGAGGAAGUCAGUGUAG